UCUGUGCUGCGGCCACAGUUUCUUGCUGCCCAACGAUGUCAUCUCAUUUAGUAGAGUAGCUGCCACCCCUACACAACAACAACAACAAUUGCGAGGAAGGUAAACAGCCUUUGCCCCCGCCAGCCGGCCUCAACAGUUCUUGGGUGGAGCUCCCCAUGAACAGCAGCAAAGGAAAUGAUAAUGCCAAUGGGAAAAAUGGGGGGCUAGAACACAUACCUUCCUCAUCCUCAAUUCACAAUGGGGACAUGGAGAAGAUUCUUUUGGAUGCACAACAUGAAUCAGGACAGAGCAAUUCCAGAGGCAGUUCUCACUGUGACAGCCCUUCCCCACAAGACGAUAGGCAGAUUAUGUUUGAUGUGGAAAUGCAUACCAGCAGGGACCAUAGCUCUCAAUCAGAAGAAGAAGCUGUAGAAGGAGAGAAAGAAGUUGAGGCUUUGAAGAAAAGUGCAGACGGGGUGUUGGACUGGUCCAGUAGAACUGAGAACAUCCCACUCAAGGAGUUCCACUUUAGGCACCCUAAGCGUUCUGUUUCACUAAGCAUGAGGAAAAGUGGAGCCAUGAAGAAAGGGGGUAUUUUCUCAGCCGAAUUCCUUAAGGUGUUCAUUCCAUCUCUCUUCCUAUCCCAUGUUUUGGCUUUGGGUUUAGGCAUCUACAUUGGAAAAUGACUGAGCUCACCCUCUGCCAGUACCUACUGAGGGAAAGAAAAGCCCCUGGAAAGGCGAGUGACCUGUGAAGUGGUGUAUUGUCACAGUAGCUUAUUUGAACUUGAGACCACUGUGAGCAUGAUCCAACUAUCACCCUAUUUUUACAUAUCCAAGUUUCAGUAACUCUCAAAUCCAGUAUUUUACUCAAACUCUGUUGAAAUGUUUUACUAACCUAACUCCCUUUUUGGCCUGUAAGACACUUUAGACUUUUCCUAACAGAGUUUACUUUUGUUUAGAAAUUUGCAAGGGCUUCUUUUCCGCAAAUGCCACCAGCAGAUUUUAAUUUUGUCAACAAUGCUGUUAUCUUCUUUUAGUGCCACCAGAUUUAUAUCUGUAUCAUUCAUGGUA